GAGGAGGAGGAGGAGGAGGAAGAAUAAGAGGUGAUUCAGAUCACAGCAGGCUGCAGUCAGAGUGUUGGAUGGUGGAGCAGUGAGACGUUGUGGACGGCAGCUGAUGGAGCAGAGGUACGGUGAGGUGAACCAGCUGGGCGGGAUGUUCGUUAACGGCCGGCCGCUGCCCGCCCCGGUGCGGCUGCGCAUCGUGGAUUUGGCGCAGCUCGGAAUGCGUCCCUGUGACAUCAGCCGCCAGCUGCGUGUCUCUCACGGCUGCGUGUCCAAGAUCCUGACGCGCUACAACGACACCGGCUCCAUCCUCCCAGGAGCCAUCGGCGGCAGCAAGCCCCGGGUCACCACCCCGGCCGUGGUCCGGAGCAUCCGGGAAUACAAGCACGGCGACCCGGGCAUCUUCGCCUGGGAGAUCCGGGACCGGCUGCUGGGGGACGGAGUCUGCGACAAGUACAACGUCCCGUCGGUGAGCUCCAUCAGCCGGAUACUGAGGCACAAAGUUGGGACUGGUUCUCAGCUCCAGUACGGACACGUGUUCCCGGUCUCUCCCUACAGCACCAGGCCCGCAGGUACCCCCACCGGGACCGGGACCAGGACCGGCAGCUGGCACAACAUCCUGGGCUUCCGAGCCUUCAUGGACCCGGCAGCACUGUGUGGAUCUGAUGGACACUCAGCCAGUAUGACCAGUAUGAGCAGUAUGAGCAGUAUGAGACCGUUUCCCUCUGGAGUCGAUGGACUGGAGAAAACCAGCAACGAGUCGGACCUUAAAUACCAACAGCAGUCCCCGUCCAGUCUACCUGGUUAUGUCUCAGCUUGUUCAUAUUCUCCACCGAACCAGUACGACGUGUACGGAGGUCCGGCAGCCGGCUACAUCAGCACCGGACACCACUGGCAGCCCCAGUCCUGCACUCCCAGUCUGACUCCCAGUCUGACUCCCAGUCUGACUCAUCCUGGUCCUGCAGCACCACAGGAGGCUGCAGAUUUCCACUCUGCAACAUCAUCAAGAGACGUGGACAGGAAACUUCAGACUCCUCUGUACAAACAUCACAGAUUGUCUUCGGCCUCGUGACAACUCGGAGGAAACACAAGAAGAUGUUUGACGUGACGCUGAAAGACUGAAAGUCCGGUUUUAUUUCUGAGGAGAGUCAAAGAGACUUUUACUCCUCCAUGAUCGACUCCUUUCAGGAUGUAAUUUAUAAUGUUUCCCAGAAUGAGCAGACAUGUGGUGAAGGAAAAAUACACACAACAACAAAACAGUCUCUUUUUUCCCCUCAUAGUUUUAAAGGAAUAAUUCUACACUUUAAUAAAUAUGCUCAUUCACUAUCUUGCUCUAGUGAGUUA